CACUCGUGUGUGAGCAAAAGCCAGCCAGUCACCACCGCGUUCUCUUCUUUCUUUCCUUUCUUUCUUUUUCUUCGUUCCAUUCUCUCUGUCUUCUUCACUAUCUCUCCACAUGAUCUUGGGCAGAAAUCAAUCCGGAAAAUCAUCAACAAGAAAUGGGUUUUUGCUUUAGAUCUGUGACCCAAUUCUCUACUAGUGCCAUUGUGCUUGUGUUCUUGAUUUCUUCCUUUAGCUUUAUAUCAACAGAUGCUUACGAUCCCCUUGACCCGAAUGGAAAUAUCACAAUUAAGUGGGAUAUCUUAAGCUGGACACCCGAUGGCUAUCUUGCGGCUGUUACAAUUUUCAACUUCCAGCAAUAUCGCCACAUUCAGGCUCCGGGAUGGUCACUAGGAUGGACAUGGGCAAAGAAGGAGGUGAUAUGGAGCAUGGUGGGAAGCCAAGCCACAGACCAAGGAGAUUGUUCAAAAUACAAAGGGAACAUUCCACAUUGCUGUAGGAAGGAUCCAACGGUUGUGGACUUAUUGCCUGGAACUCCUUACAACCUGCAGUUUACAAAUUGCUGCAAGGGGGGAGUAAUUAGCUCGUGGGUACAAGAUCCGAACAAUUUUGCGAGCUCCUUCCAGAUUAGUGUCGGUUCAGCUGGAACCACCAACAAAACAGUAAGAGUGCCCAAGAACUUCACUUUGAAAGCACCAGGGCCGGGUUAUACUUGUGGUCCAGCAAAAAUUGUAAGACCUACAAAAUUUUUUACCUCAGAUGGAAGGAGAGUCACACAAGCUAUGAUGACGUGGAAUGUUACGUGCACUUAUUCGCAAUUCCUGGCUCAGAAAACUCCUACUUGCUGCGUUUCGCUCUCAUCCUUCUACAAUGACACAAUAGUACCCUGCCCGACAUGCACAUGUGGCUGCCAAAACAACAUAACUCAGCCUGGGAGCUGUGUAGACCCAAACUCGCCAUAUUUAGCGUCAGUUGUUUCAGGAGCUAACAAGAAUAGCUAUGCACCCCUGGUACAAUGUACAAGCCAUAUGUGCCCUAUCCGAAUUCACUGGCACGUUAAGCUUAACUACAAGGAAUACUGGCGAGUGAAGGUCACAAUUACAAACUUCAAUUACAGAAUGAACUAUACACAGUGGAACUUAGUUGUCCAACACCCCAAUUUCGACAAUCUGACUCAGAUUUUCAGUUUUUACUACAAGCCAUUAACUCCUUACGGAGCUAUAAAUGAUACUGCCAUGCUAUGGGGAAUUAAGUUCUAUAAUGAUUUGCUCAUGCAAGCCGGCCCUUACGGUAAUGUUCAAUCGGAGCUACUCUUCCGAAAGGAUGCAUCAACUUUCACUUUCGAGAAAGGUUGGGCUUUUCCUCGGAGGAUCUAUUUCAAUGGCGAUAAUUGUGUCAUGCCACCUCCCGAUGCCUACCCAUUUUUGCCAAAUACCAGUUCCCGGAAGGAUACAUCUUUGCUUACUCUAAUGUUGCCCCUGUUGCUGUCUUUGGCAUUAAUCUUUUCAUCGGUAUAAGCACAAGUUCUAUUGUUUCAAAAAAUUAUACUCAACACAUUCAACCCAAGAACCUAGGACAAGCUGACUGAAGAAUUUGUGUCUGGCAAUGAUGUUUAACAAGCAGUAUAGAGGUUCAGGUGUGCCUCAGUUCGAACAAACUUGUUUUUUCUUUUUUCUUUUUUGGGGUCCUUAAUUCACUACCAUUUUGUUACUUUGUACCUGUUGUGUCACUUGUUUACUACUUUACAGUGUCAUAUGGUUUGUAGAGUAUUUCAACAUUCGCAAGUGAAUAAAAAACCAUUUAAGAGAGAAAUUAGAUGUAAUAUAUGGGUAUUGGUUUAAUGAA